AUGUCACCGAAUCAUCUCACAUCGCCCGACAUAGACGAUGUUAACCAUAAUAUGUCAACAGCACCCACAACACCGGAUGGUAGUCUUACUUUCAGUCCCAUAUUACAAGCUUUGAGUUUGGAUGAUGGGAUUGCAUUCGGCAGUGCCAUUUCGAGUGAAACAUAUGUACAUCGUCUUGUAGAAAAUAUUUUCAUGACUCGACCGAAGAGUUUUAUUGACUCUUCGAUACUAGGUGGUCCAACAGCAGCCAUUCUUGCGCUUCAAAAUCCAGCAAUCAAUUUUACGGUCGUUGAUAAGGAUUCUUCAAGAGUCAAAGAAUGGAAUUCAAGACACUUACCUAUUCACGAGCCUGGAUUACCCGAAAUUAUUCGCAUAUGUCGUGAUGGAUCGAGAGACUUCUCAUUCUUCAAUGGCCCUUUAAUUGGAGACGCCGAUCCCUCUUUCGAGAGGUUCCUCGAGCACAAUGAUAAUAUACACAUUCCUGCGCGGUCACCAAAUUUGUUCUUCUCCGAUAAUAUCGAGAUGUGUUUGGGUGAAGCGGAUUUGAUCAUGAUCGCAGUUAAUACCCCUACAAAAACUUACGGUAUAGGUGCAGGAAAAGCGACAGAUAUGACAGCUGUUGAAUCUGUUGUACGCGAUAUCGGAAAAUAUGCAAAAGCUGGUGCAAUAAUCGUAGAGAAAAGCACAGUGCCUGGUAGAACCGGGGAUUUUAUCACAGACACCCUUAGAGUCCACCGCCCCCACGAAACAUUCCCCAUAAUCUCCAAUCCCGAAUUCCUCUCCGCAGGCACCGCAGUAACCGAUCUUCUCUAUCCAGACCGCAUUCUCAUCGGUACCUCCCGUGAUAACCACGACGCCGCCAUGUCUCUUGCUUCUCUUUACCACUGGGUCCCUUUGUCAAAAAUAAUACAUACCGCCACCUCAUCUUCCGAAUUAGCUAAACUUGUCUCAAAUGCCAUGUUAGCCCAACGAAUCAGUUCUAUAAAUUCCAUCUCUGCGAUAUGCGAAUGUAUCGGAGCGGAUAUUGGUGAGGUUUCCAAAGCGGUGGGUAUGGAUCGGAGGAUUGGGGAAAGAUAUCUGAAAGCGGGGAUUGGAUUUGGGGGAAGUUGUUUUGGGAAGGAUGUUAGGAAUUUGAUGUAUUUAGCGGGGGGGUUGGGGUUGGAGGAGGUGGUAAUAUAUUGGGAGAGUGUUUUGAGGAUUAAUGAGUGGCAGAUAAAUAGGUGGGUGGAGAGGAUGGUGGGGUGCAUGGGGGGUGGGUUGAGGGGAAAAAAGAUUGUGGUGGUGGGUUAUGCGUUUAAAAAGGGGACGGGGGAUGUGAGGGAAAGUUUGGCGAGGGAGGUGGUCGAUAUGUUGGGUGAGGAACGUCCCGGGGAAAUUGUGGUUUGGGAUGAUGGGUGUGAGGUUGGGGCUUUGAGAGAGGAAUUAAAAAAAUUCGAUGAGGCAAGAGUAGAAGAGAACUUAUAUACUGCGUGUGAAGGCGCAGAUGCAAUACUUAUCUGUAGGGAGCUAGAGACACCUUCGAAACAAACGAGCUUACCAGUGGGGGAUCCACGGCCAUUCUCGAACAAUCCAUCGGAAAUGGAUUUAUUAAAUCUGCGAAAUUUUCUAUGGUCAGAGUCAGAAUAUUCAAGUGGGGACGAUCCGCUAGGAAGACUCUAUCCCGAACCAUCCUGUGAGGAAAAUUGCAGGAAAUGCGAGCAGAGAGGAAAGACAAAUACAAGACAGGAAGAAAAAAUUGAAUGGAAGAGAAUUAUCAAGGAGAUGAAUGCUCCGAGAUGGAUAUUUGAUGGGAGGGGUGUGGUUGAUAGGGCUGGGAUUGAGAAGAUUGGGAAAGAUGUUGGGGUAGAGGUUAGGGUUGUGGGGGUGGGGGUGGGGAUGGGGAGAAGUGGGUGGUGA